CGGCGUGCUCGGCGCCCGCAGGCCCCCCCGGGCCCCGGGCGCUAUAAAAGGAGGGCCUCCAGGGAAUUGGAAACCCACCACUCCCUUUCGACUUCUAGUUCUUCUGCCCCCAUCUCGUCCGGCGACUCCUCGCCUGCGCUUCCCCUUCCUCCCUCCUUGCAUGGCAGCAGCAGCAGCGAGCUCCAAGGGGCGGGCGAUCGCUGGGAGCUUCGUCAGCCGCGUCCUGGCCGGCAAGGCCGCCUCCCCGAGGAGGGCCGUGCACGCCUCGGCGUACGACAAGAACCUGGAGGACCAGGUGCGCCCGGCGUUCGUGCCGGACGAUGUGAUCGGCGGCGCCGCCAACCCCGACAAGUACUGGGGCCCCCACCCCAAGACCGGCGUCUUCGGCCCGGCCGCGGUGGACGCCCAGCUGGCCGCCGGCGCGCCGGACGCCGCCGCGAAUGGUCCGGGCACGGUGCUGGACCAGAAGGUGUGGUUCCGCCCCCUGGAGGACGUCGAGAAGCCGCCCCCCGUCGCCUGAGGCGGCGCGCGCAGCCGUCGCACUGCUUGCUGAUAGGGCAGGGAGAGUCUGGGGCUGAUACGCCUAUCACCCUGCUCGGCUGGGCUCCCUUGCUUAUCGCAGUAAUACUCUGCUUGGUUAGUAGUGGCUGUGGCUGUGCUUAUAGAAGUACUGGUUUUAUUAUCGUGGAGUGAGUUGAUCAGGCAUGGCGUGCGUCAGGACCGGUAGCGGCUGUAGAGAAAUGAUGCUCGUGCUCGUGCCUGUAAUAAGAGCAGGCAGGUGUGUGCCUGUCCUGCUUGUGGAUGUGAUGUACCUGUGUACUUAUCAGUGGUAUAAGUAUCAUGGAUCCUUGGUUGUGCAUGUUUA